AUGAACAUACUGCGUACGCUUUGGCCGUUGAUUUUCAUCCUGCCAUCUCUGGCCAUUGCCUCUCCUGAGGAAUUAAAGACGUUGUACGAUCGAAAAGUGGAUUUCAUCAUUCAAGAUUAUAGCAGCAACAGUAUCCAAAUUCCAACAUGGCUGAAUACGUUUUCCAGUGAAAAUGGUACCUGGACGGAUGUGGAUUAUACUGCUGGAUGUACAGCUCGAAGAGCCAACUGGCCAGCACAGCAACACUUUAUACGCAUUGUGUCCAUGGCAAGUCAGUAUAGAGCAGAUCCUGCCAACAGCACACAAUUGUUGCCUUACAUUUCAAAGGCCAUGGACUAUUGGUUUGAUCAUAAUUACACACCAGAUGCAUGCUUGGAUCAAGGUGGAUUACCCAAUAGUGAAUGUCCAUGCGGUACACCUGGAUUUUGGAAUACAAACUGGUUUGGUCAGAUGAUUUUGAUGCCUAAAUUGAUAUCAAAUACCUGUGUCUUGCUCAAAUCAAACUUGACAACCACGCAACGAGGCAACUGUACGCUUGUCAGCCAAAGAGUGUAUAAUCGCAUUGACACGGAUGUGCUGGGCAUCGGUCCCAUGACAGGCGCCAAUAUGCUGGAUGCUGCCACUAGUGUCUUGAACCUUGGCUUACUGACAGACAAUGAAACGCUUGCCAGAGACGCUUUAAAUCAUUUUUAUAAUCAGACCACCAUCACACCAGGCACAGGUGUUGAUGGUGUCAAGGUUGAUGGCUCCUACUUGCAGCAUUUCGCUCAACUCUACACUGGCAAUUACGGGAAAGACUUUAUCAAUUCUGUCGUGGUAGCCUAUAUACAGACCAGUAACACAUCGUUUGCACCUCCUGCAGAAUCUCAGUCAGCAUUCCUGACGUUGAUCAAUGGCACUGAAUGGAUGAUUAUCAGCAACCACACUGCCAAUGCUGCAUCAUCAUCCAACCACAACAGCACUCUGCUAUGGGAGUACAGUGUCAUUGGCCGCAUGGUAUCCUUCUUGGCUGCGGAUAAGCAGGCCAGUGGUGGCGUUGCACUGAAUCUCACCCGCAUUCAACUCGCUGUAGAAGGAUGGCAGAAUGCUUCCAGUAUCCAAUCCAUUGUACAACGCUUGAGUGACCUCAAAACACCAUCAUCAUCGUCAUCAGAAGGCCAAGGUAAACUCUCAGGCACACGCAGCUUCUACACGUCUGACUAUCUGGUGCACCGAAGCUCCAGCUACGUUACAACGCUAAAGUCAUUCUCUACUCGUACAACCAAUUCUGAAUGCAACAACGACCAAAAUUCCUUUGGCUUUCACUUGAGUGAUGGCUCCAUCUUUUCAUAUAUCGAUGGUGACGAGUACAUUGAUGUGUUUGCCUCGUACGAUUGGAAUCUGAUCCCAGGCACCACUGUGGAUUACGGCGCCACGCCUUUUGGCUGUAAUAUCACACAGUUUUACGGCAACACAACGUUCGUUGGAUCUGUUACACGCAACAAGGAAGGUUCUUCGUCGCAAGGCGGUAUGGCAGUAAUGCAGUACUUGAACCCAAUGACGGGAAGUUUGCGAUGGGAAAAAACCUUCUAUUUCUUUCCUGGCUUCUAUGCUGUUCAAAUUGGCCCCAUAUACUCUCAAGGCACAGCACCUAUUGUUACUACCUUGGAUCAGUCCAACCUCAAAGGCGAUGUCUAUGUUGAUAACCAGAAGCUAACAGUCAAUCAGUUCACAGCGUCUCAGGACAGAAAGAGCAAACACAUCAACAUCUGGCAUAAUCGCGUCUUGUACACAGUACUGGAUCAACAUUCAAAUUCGACUAUUCCUAAUAUAAGCAUCAACACGGCAGCACAUGAUGUGAACGAUUGGUCAUCCAUAGGCAUUUCUCAAGGUAAAGCGACCCAGCCCAUAUUUACUGCUACCAUUCAGCAUCCUCCAGCUGCGUUGGUAGAAGGCAGCAAUAACACUACAGCAGCUCCUGUCACUUACAUUGCCCAAUUGAAUGUGGAAUCCAAGCAAGAGCAAGCUCCUGAAAGCCUUAUUCAGUUUGUCUACCAAGAUGAUCAAGCAUUGGGCAAAAUACGAGGCGCUUAUCACGUCAAAAACAAGGCAAUUGCACUGGCCUUCUGGACAGCAGGCAGCUAUCAAACGCCUUGGGGUAUCAGUGUAAAGACAAACCAGCCCAUUUUAACGUUUUUCACCAUGGAAAAGCAAUCGUAUACCUUGACAGUAUCUGACCCAACACAACUGCUGACCCAAGUCAACAUCACUGUCAUUCACGGUCAUGCAGAAUCAAAGGAUUACAGCGUCAAUUUGCCCCAGGGUCCAUUUGCUGGUAGUAGUAUCAAUAUAAUUUGA